UAAACAUUGGUUUUUUCUUAGGAUAAAAAUUCCUGGUUAAUUGAACAAGAAAUUUAUAAACUUCCACAAAUGAAGCAUGAAAAUAUUUUAUCGUUUGUGGGAGUUGAAAAAAGGGGAGAUAGCAUUCAGACGGAAUAUUGGUUAAUCACAGCAUUCCAUGAAAAAGGAUCUUUAUGCGACUACCUCAAGGUAAAGAUGUUCAAUUUGCUUUUUAAUUAUUAUUUUGUAAAUUCACUGGAAAUUGAUGUAAUAAAUAUUUUGUGGUGUUUUUUACAGGUCGGAACUCGACGUUACAUGGCUCCGGAAGUUUUAGAAGGAGCAAUUAAUUUCAACAGGGAUGCUUUCUUGAGGAUAGACAUGUAUGCAUGCGGCCUUGUAUUGUGGGAACUAGUGUCUCGCUGUUCUGUUCAAGAAGGCCCCAUAGAUGAAUAUAUGUUACCCUUCGAAGAUACCGUAGGGCAACAUCCAACACUGGAGGACAUGCAAGAGGUUGUUGCACAGAAAAAGAUUCGUCCACCGAUUAAGGAAGAGUGGCGAAAAAAUCUGGGUUUAGCAGCAUUAUGCGACACAAUAGAAGAAUGUUGGGACCACGAUGCCGAAGCCCGAUUGUCAGCGAGUUGCGUACAAGAAAGAAUUAAUUUCUUAUACAGGACAAUACCCCCUUCCUCCAAUCAUCACAUUAAGAGUACUAAAAAUUCUACCUCAGAUCACCUUCCCAUGAUUAUCACAUCUGGAAAUUUGCACUCUGUCUACCGAAAGGAGUCGAGCAUCUAAAACCACGAACCCAAAAGUGUCCACUGUAAAAUAAUAUGAACUCUUGUAGAGAGAAAGAAUGAAUCAAAAACUUUUCAAAAUCUUGAACAAAAAUAAAAAUCAAUGAGCAGCACACAGCAGAUCUCUUUACAAGUGACUUAUUGUGUAUUAUAUCAAGAAUUUUCUCCCCAGACAUUUUUUGUGCCUUUGACAAAUUUGAGCCAUUUACAAAUUAGGCAGUUGUUCAUAGUGCGGGAGAAUAGAAGUAGGUGCAGCUUAUUGAACAUCAAACUAUGACAAAGUUAUUUCCAAACGGACAUCAUCAUCAAAUCUAAACACCGGGAAGUUAAAAGUCAUGGUUCAAACAUAAUCUAUUCUGCAUAAGUAUAUAAUUCUAUAAUAUAUAAAUAUAUAUAUCCAUGUAUGUAUAUCUUACAAUUUUAUAUGUCAUAUAUCAUUCUCUUUUUAAUAAUUAGAUCCUAGAAAUAUGAUUUGAUUGAUUCAUUGGAGAAAAACAAGUAAUUUGUUCACUUAUGGGGGAAGUUUAAUUUAGACAAAUUAUUUGCUCACUUUGAGUUGUGGAAUAUUUUAAUCGUGCCAUUUUCAAAAGUAGCAGAAUAAAAAAAAAAAAAAAAAAGAGGUUAAUAAAUAAACUUAAAAAUUUCACUCCCUAAGCAUAUUAUUAUUAUGGGGUGCCAGAAAAAUGGCAGCAGUUUAUCUUAAACAUAUCUAUUUUCCAAAUGAUUAGUUUUUUUACAUUUAUUAUUAUUGUUAUUGAGAGUUCCUUUUGUUUUUAUCUUUUUCUGUUAAAGAAAAGGGAACUUUUGUCGUUGACUGAUUGUUAAAAAAAAAAUGCACAGUAGUUGUUGUUAUAUCUUUAUUUGGGUUGCAUCCAUUUAUUUGAAUGCUGUGCAAUUUUAUUUUUCCCAGUGUAGUUUUUGUCCAGCAAAUUAUUCAAUUCGACAGGUGCAUAUAUUUCUUGACAUACGGGUUUAUUACACAGUUGUUUAUUGUUUGUUGUAGUAGUGUAAGCGAAGUGGUCAGAGUGUUUUACGUUGUUUUAAUCCACCAAUCCCUAUUGCGUGUUUCCUUUAAAUGUUCCUAUCCAGUGGCACAAGCCUCGAUUAAACUACGCUUAAAAAGAAAGAAGAAAAAAAAAUAAUGUAAAGAAAAUUUAAUUUGAUGGAAUUUUAUAAAUGUAGUAGUGCCAAAAUUUAAAGAGACUUUUAUCGACUUUCAAAGUUAUGCCUUUAAUUUCAUCAAAAUUUAGUCAAGAUCAAAAAUACAAAUCUGCAAUAUAGGGAUGGUCUUCCAUUGGUUAAUGUUGAAAAAAUUUUAAUUUGCCUUUAUUUCAUUUUCAGAUAAUAUAAAUAGGUAAAUUUAGUUGUGUUAAAUUAGAUUUUAAGAAGAAAAAAAAGAUAAAAUAUAAUUUCCUUACGUCAACGUUCAGCGUAGAUGAGCUUUGUGUCUUUUCUGUAUAUCAGGGAACAUGAAUUGUACAUAAAAAUACAGAAAUAAUACAAAAAAAAUAUAUAGGAGUUCUGUUAGUUUUGUCAUAUAAUUUACCCGAAUACGUGCAGGAUAACGGCAUUUACCGACGGACACUCCGUUCGCCUAGCAUGUUUGGCAUCCCCUUGGAAACGUAGUAAACUUCAACUUCCAUACUGAUACCUACAUGUACAAACAUCCAAAUAAAAAAAAAACGUAGUAGGCUUUCGUCGGACGGUAGAAAAUGCAUUACGGUUUGUCGUAGUCAGUAAAAAAAAAUACA